AUGGAGAACAGUGAAAAGAAGCUUCGACACAAUGAUGAUGACAAAUGUGAAAUUUGUUGGGAGCAACCGCCAACUCGUACUACCUUGAUUAAUUGUGCACAUAGUCAAAGUUUUUGUGAAAGUUGUAUAAAAUCAUGGAUCUGCGUCGGCCAUCGUCAUUGCCCAAAAUGUCGUACACCUUGCCCUAUAGAGGAUUAUUUGGAAAAAACCAAAAACAAUACAUCAAGCAUUAAUAAUGCAUUUCCCAAUAUAAACUGUAGGCCAGCAUCGUCUCAAAGACCACCAACAGUCAGUUACGUUGUCGAUCAUAUUCUAGUUAGCUGUUCAAUUGGAUUAUGCAUUGGUUUAAUAAUAUAUCCAACUAUUUUAUAG